CCCGCCCACCUUUCCCCAGCCCGGGGUCGGCCGCUUCCCAAUCGCCACGCUUUCUCCGCCUCCGUCAACGUCUGGGCACGUCCCUCUCGCGGCGCGGGCCACGCACGUCCCGGCACUUAACCUCUGCCCGCCCGGCGCGAAGUUAGAGGUCCGGGCGGCGCGGGCUGCGCGCACUCCCGGUGGUGGGGAGCCGAGGGAAGGAGCCCGAGCCCGGGGCCGCGGCUCGGCCCAUGAUGACUUGCUAUCGUGGCUUCCUGCUGGGCAGCUGUCGUCGCGUGGCGGGCGGCCGGGCGGCGGCGCUGCGGCGAUCGAGCGCGGGAGGCCCCGCCGCGCGGCCCCGGCUGGGCGGUGACGGCGGCGGCCGGCGGCACCUGGGGCAGGGGCAGCCGCGCGAGCUGGCGGGCUGUGGCAGCCGCCCCGACGGCGGCUUCCGCCCUUCCCGGGUGGUGGUCGUGGCCAAAACCACUCGGUACGAGUUCGAGCAGCAGCGGUACCGUUACGCGGAGCUCUCGGAGGAGGACCUGAAGCAGCUGCUUGCAUUGAAAGGCUCUAGUUACAGUGGACUUCUUGAACGACAUCAUAUUCACACCAAAAAUGUAGAACAUAUUGUAGAUAGUUUACGGAAUGAGGGAAUUGAGGUUCGUCUAGUAAAGAGGAGAGAAUAUAAUGAAGAGACUGUUCAAUGGGCAGAUGCUGUCAUAGCUGCAGGAGGUGAUGGCACAAUGCUGCUGGCAGCAAGUAAAGUCUUAGACAGACUGAAACCAGUUAUAGGAGUAAACACUGAUCCAGAACGGUCUGAGGGUCAUUUAUGCCUGCCUGUUCGAUAUACACAUUCCUUCCCAGAAGCCUUACAGAAGUUCUAUCGUGGUGAGUUCAGGUGGUUGUGGAGGCAGCGAAUCAGGUUAUACCUUGAAGGGACUGGCAUAAACCCUGUUCCUGUGGACCUUCAUGAGCAGCAGCUAAGCUUGAAUCAACACAGUAGAGCCCUUAACAUUGAAAGAACUCAUGACGAAAGGUCUGAGGCUUCCGGACCCCAACUUUUGCCAGUGAGAGCACUAAAUGAAGUCUUCAUUGGGGAGAGUCUGUCAUCCAGAAUGUCUUAUUCUUGGGCUGUAGCAGUGGACAGUUUAAGAAGAAGUAUACCCACUCUAAAGGGACUGGCUUCCUACUAUGAGAUUUCAGUUGAUGAUGGUCCGUGGGAAAAACAGAAGAGUUCAGGGCUCAAUUUGUGUACUGGAACAGGAUCAAAGGCCUGGUCAUUCAAUAUUAACAGGGUUGCAACUCAGGCUGUAGAAGAUGUUUUAAAUAUUGCAAAUCGACAAGGUAAUUUGAGUCUUCCAUUGAGCAGAGAAUUGGUAGAGAAAGUAACAAAUGAAUAUAACGAAUCACUGCUCUACAGUCCGGAAGAACCAAAAAUACUUUUCAGUAUUCGAGAACCAAUAGCAAAUAGAGUUUUCUCAAGCAGUCGUCAGCGUUGUUUCUCCUCAAAGGUUUGUGUCCGUUCUCGUUGUUGGGACGCCUGUAUGGUUGUGGAUGGAGGAACUUCUUUUGAGUUUAAUGAUGGUGCAAUUGCUUCAAUGAUGAUCAAUAAAGAAGAUGAGCUUCGAACUGUGCUUCUAGAACAGUGAAGGAUUUCCUCAUGACAAAUGAUUACUGGAGAAAAUAUUUUUACUUCAGAAACAGACUGCCAAUCAUAAAGUGAAAUUUUUUUGGUUAUUGUUGAGACUGCUUGCCUGUGGGCUCAGAAGUGAGAUUUGCAUUAUUCUUCUGUUGAAUUCUGAUAGAAAAAAGACAUUCACGGUAUAAGAAAAUGGAUGGACUGAACUAAUUAGAAUUGAUACCAGUGAAAUUUUUAUAUUGCUUACAGUCGGUAACCAAGAGUACUGAUAUCUUUUUAAAUUUAGAGGGCCAGGUUUAAAUAAAGGACUAAAUAUUUAGGAUUUGAAAUUUAACUGUAUAAGUGUUUUUUCCUUCCUUUCCUCCUAAUUGUGGAAUUGUCAGAACUGAACACAUAUCAUUUGAUUAGUGCAUAUUUUUUAUAGUACCUGAAAAUAAAGAUUUUGAAAAAAUUUUGAUAAAUCCUGACACUGACCUAAUUGAAAUAGGUAAAUGGGUUUGUAUAUGUGCUAAGAAUUUUCUAAUUUCAGAACAUAAUGAUGUUAUGACUCUAUUGAUUUAAAAAUUUCAAACAAUCAUUUUUGAAAUUAUAGAUGAAUGCUUUUGACUUUCAUUCUGUUUAAUUUCAGCAGUGCUGGGUGAAAUACAUAUAUCAGAACAAAUCAUGAUACUGUUACAAAUGUGUUAGUAAUCCAGUAAGUGUUUUAAGUCAAUUUUUAAAAAAUAAUAUGAUUCUUACAGGUUUCUUCCAUCUUUAAAAUGCUUAAACAUGGAUUCAGGGACUAAAAGGAUAAACUGAUAAGACAUUUUCUAUUAGGAGUUUGGUAAAAUAUUGUAAAAAUAUUUUCACCUGUUAGGAGUAUUAUAAGAAUGGAUUCUUUAAUAAAUAUGUAAAACACA